UCAAUCUCGUUCUUCUGGGGUACCAAUUAGAGGGCUAAUGCUUGCGAGACAGCGCCAGUAGUCGAGGUGAUUUGGAAAAGCUCUUUGAGUCCCUUAGCUUUUGCGAGAAGCAAGAAUGGCAUUUACAGGAACUCUGGACAAAUGCAAGGCUUGCGAUAAGACCGUUUACGUGGUCGACAUGUUGUCCCUUGAAGGCAUGCCUUACCAUAAGAAUUGCUUCAGAUGCAGCCAUUGCAAUGGACAUCUUGUGAUGAGCAACUACUCCUCUAUGGAUGGUGUCCUCUAUUGCAAGACUCACUUCGAGCAACUUUACAAGGAAUCUGGCAAUUUUAGCAAGAACUUUCAAACCGCCAAGUCCUCUGAGAGGCAACACGACCUGAACCGGACCCCGAGCAGGCUAUCUUCUUUGUUCUCUGGAACUCUAGACAAAUGCACCACUUGUGGCAAGACAGUUUACCCCUUGGAAAAGGUGACUCUGGAGGGAGAGUGUUUCCACAAGAACUGCUUCCGAUGCGCUCAUGGUGGAUGCGCGUUGACGCACUCAUCUUAUGCUGCUCUGGACGGAGUCUUCUACUGCAAGCACCACUUUGCCCGCCUCUUCAUGGAGAAAGGCAACUACAGCCACGUCCUAGAGGGUGCUGUGCACAGGCGGAACAUGUCCUCCGCGCCCACAUCGCCCCCGCCUGAGCCAGUGCCUGCCGAGCUAACACCCGAGCCAACGCCCGAGCCAAAGCCUGAGCCAGACGAUAAGUCUGCGGAGGAUCAAUCUUAACUAAAACAUCUCAUCUCCCAACUUGGACCUCAUUUCGAUGCCAUCAUCUUCAAGAGCCAACACUAUGUACUUCAACUGUAGUAGUUUUUCACUAACUGUAUGCAUGUUAUCACUAUUUUUUCUUUCUUGUAUUUUCCUAAUGACGUAUUU